AUGUUCCAAGCUUGCGUUUACCAAGAACCCUCCUCUAUCUACCUCACAGCAAUGUCUGUGAUGAUCCUUCUAAUAACCGCAUGUUUGGCUGUGUUGGAAUUCGUAGGCAAACACCUUCAGUAUUCCAAAUUUUGGAACGUCGGUUCCAAGAAAUCCCACCAGAUCUUGCUUUCUAGUAAAACUGGGAUGCUGUUACUCUACACCCCAGCAUUUCUUGCUGGUCUUGCUUCGUUUUGGAUUUUCCCAGAUGGUGGAACUAGGUUUAUGAUGGUCAAAUUUGCUGUUACUUUCCAUUUUCUCAAAAGGGAUCUUGAGUUAUAUAGUCGAAAUAAUGAUAGUGUUAAUAGUAGUAACAUUGGUCUUUCAAGUCACUCAUUGAUGGAGCCAUUAAUCACUCAUUCUUGGAGCCUAUAA